AUGUGCGAACACGACUGCUUCGCGAAGGGGAAUGAAGAAAAUGACAAUGAAACGAACAAUUGGAGAGACGAUGGAGAGAAAGGAUCAUUUAGAGGAAGAGGCGGCAGAGGUCGUGGCUUUGGUGGAACUAAUCGGAGAACAUUCAACGGGGAAAAUGAUUCAUCCGAGAAAAAUGACUUCAGAGGGGAACGAAGAGGCAGAGGUGGCCGCCGUGAUGGUGAUGACAGAGGCAGCUUUGGAGGAGGAUAUCGUGGACAGAAUGAAGAGAUUUUCACCCAAGCCACUACAGUAGAUGCUAAAGACUCAGGGCCAGAUAACCCAGAUGGUGAUGCCCGACCAAAAGUCACCUAUGUUCCUCCAGCCCUCCCUGAAGAUGAGGAUUCUGUGUUUAUGCACUAUCAGCAGGGCAUUAAUUUUGAUAAGUAUGAUGAAAUCACUGUGGAUGUUAGUGGAACCAACCCACCACCUGGCAUAAUGUCUUUUGAAGAGGCAGCCUUGUGUGCAUCCCUGCAAACAAACAUCAGCAAAUCUGGUUAUUCAAAGCCCACCCCAGUUCAAAAACAUGGCAUACCAAUCGUCUCUGCUGGUCGAGAUCUUAUGGCCUGUGCCCAGACUGGAUCUGGAAAAACUGCUGCAUUCCUGCUGCCAAUUCUGCAGCAGCUAAUGGCUGAUGGUGUGGCUGCCAGCAGCUUCUGCGAGCAGCAGGAACCAGAAGCUAUCAUUGUUGCCCCUACCAGAGAGCUCAUCAACCAGAUUUUCCUUGAAGCAAGGAAAUUCAGCUACGGGACAUGUGUGCGCCCUGUGGUGGUAUAUGGUGGGGUAAACACUGGAUUUCAGCUAAGAGAAAUUUCCAAGGGCUGCAACAUAGUGUGUGGAACACCAGGGAGAUUGCUGGAUGUGAUUGGAAGAGGAAGGAUUGGGCUCACUAAACUGCGGUACCUGGUUAUGGAUGAGGCUGACAAGAUGUUGGAUAUGGGUUUUGAGCCUGAUAUGCGUCGCCUGGUUGGUUCGCCCGGCAUGCCACCCAAAGAGAAUCGCCAGACUCUGCUCUUUAGCGCUACUUUUCCGGAAGACAUCCAGAGGUUGGCUGCAGACUUCCUCAAGACUGACUACUUGUUCCUGGCUGUUGGCGUAGUAGGUGGUGCUUGUACUGAUGUUCAACAGACAAUUGUCCAAGUCAGCAAGUUCUCAAAGAGAGAGAAGCUUACUGAACUUCUUGGGGCCACUGGACAAGAGCGAACAUUGGUGUUCGUGGAAACGAAGAGACAAGCUGAUUUCAUCGCCACUUUCCUGUGCCAAGAGAACCUUCCAACGACCAGCAUUCACGGGGAUCGCGAACAGCGUGAACGAGAGCAGGCUUUGUCUGACUUCAAGAGUGGCAAAUGUCCCAUUCUCGUCGCAACAUCGGUUGCUGCCCGCGGCUUGGACAUUCCAGAUGUUCAGCACGUGGUGAACUUUGACCUUCCUAAAAACAUUGAUGAGUAUGUCCACCGCAUCGGCAGAACCGGCCGCUGUGGUAAUGUUGGCAAGGCGGUGUCUUUCUACGACGCAGAGGUCGAUGGGCAUCUAGCUCGCUCCUUGAUCACAAUCUUGUCCAAGGCGCAACAAGAAGUGCCCCCAUGGUUGGAGGAAUCUGCAUUUAGUGGAGGUGCCACAAGUUUCAACGAGUUUGGCUCCUCAGACUCCAGGAAGGUAUUUCAACGGGCAGGGGGUGAGAGCUCACCAGCCCCCCAGGCUUCUUCAGCAGCAGCUGACAAUGAUGAUGAUUGGGAGUAG